CUUCUUCUGAUAUCUCACUAUCAAAAGUAUAGACGAUCUUGCUCUCAAAUUCCUUCCAUAAUCAUAAAACUCAUUUGGAUUGUUCUUACCUGCAUAUAACCAACAACAUAGUGGUUUAAUGUUCAUAUGAGAAUAACAGGUACUUGGUGAAGCAAGCAUUGUAAUCCAAUUUUCAACAACAACGUGUGCAGUAUCAAGUUCCACAAACUCUUCUCAAAAGGAAAACAAAAUAUUAGUGGAAUAGUGGGGUGGAAAUGGUUGAUCAAGGAAGAUCAUUGCAUGUGGGAGUGGGAGUGGCAUCGGCUAUCUUUAACCAGUAUCCUCCCCCUCUUGCUAAGUAUGAAGAUGUCGUUGCGAGCCGUCAACUUUUUAUGACUACUCUUGAGAAGCUUCAUGCUGCAAUGGCCUCUAAGUUUAUGAUUCCCAUCAUAGGUGGCAGAGACCUUGAUCUGCACAAGCUCUUUGUGGAGGUAACUUCUCGUGGUGGUAUCGAAAAGAUACUUAGAGAAAAAAGAUGGAAGGAUGUUACAGCCACUUUCAACUUCCCAUCCACAGCAACAAAUGCCUCUUUUGUUCUGCGCAAAUACUAUUACUCAUUGCUUCAACACUAUGAGAGAAUCUACUACUUCAAAGCACAGGAUCAGUCUGCUGCAUCUCCUGGUGUUUUGCAGACUCCGAGUGCAACCCCUGUCUCAAUCCCUCCUGGAUUUGGUAAAAUGCCACCAACACCCGCUCCAGCUCAGGUUGCAAAUGUUCAGCAGCCUAGGGUAAACACCAUAGAGUUUGUGUCUGGAGCACAUACAGCAACAUCUGUGGGGUUUCCUGUGAUUGGAGUAAUUGAUGGAAAGUUCGAAAGCGGAUAUCUUGUUACUGUCACAAUGGGGAAGGAGAAACUGAAAGGAGUUAUGUAUCAGACUCCACCUGUUAAAAUUAAUCAAGUGUUGCCACAAACAUCUGGCGUCUCAACUGGCAAAACUGACAGCGGGCCUACAACCUCAAGUAUGCAUCGUAGGAGGAGGAGGAAGAAAUCUGAGAUGAGGAAGAGAGAUCCUACUCACCCUAAGCCCAAUAGAAGUGGUUACAACUUCUUCUUUGCUGAGCAACAUGCCAGAUUAAAACCACUUCACCCCGGCAAGGAUCGGGAGAUAAGUAGGAUGAUUGGUGAAUUAUGGAACAAACUGAAGGACGACGAAAAAGUUGUUUAUCAAGAAAAGGCAAAGAAGGACAAGGAGAGAUACCAGAUGGAGAUGGAGGAUUAUAAAGAGAGACAAAAGGUAAAUCAGGUGAUAAGUGAUGCAAUACCAAUACAGCAGCGGUUUCCUGAUGUGGAUGUAGAAAUGAUGGAAGUAAACGCGAAGAAAGAAGGGACAGAAAGAAAUUCCCCGGAAACACCUGAUAAUGAAAGUGAUUCAAGCAAGAGUGAGGAAAGUGAAGAAGAUGAGGAUGAAGAUGAAGAUGAUGAUGAGAUGAUAGAGAAAGAUGAUGAGAAUUUCUCUGAUGCCGAGACAUCUCCACUAUUAGUGGGACUGGGGGGUACUACUGUUGAAUCAGGUAAUGCGGGUACUUCUGAGACCUCAGCAGCAGCAGCAGCAGUAGGAGAGUUUCAGGUAGAGGUAGUUAAGGGAGAUGAGGAGACAACAGGUUAUGAAGAAAGUGAUGGAAGCUUGGAAGCUGGUCGUCAUCUUCACGGGGAGAAAAGGCAAGAUUCACCACCUGGUUUUGAGAAUUCCAUUAUUAAUCCUCCUGUGUCAUAGUUACUCAAGAAUUAUGACCCACUCUUAGCUAGUAGUAAUUUAGGUCCAAUCUUCUGUUAUGAUACGUUUUAUCAGUAAGCUAUCUAUUGUAAAUUCUAUUGCCAUGGUUGAAUGCUGGUAUGCACAUCAAUUAAUAUUUAUAUUAGGGACAAUGUAAACUUGUUUUAUGAGGCAUUUCAAGAAGGCGGUUUCAAUUUGUAUUGAUAAGUUAAAAGACAUAGCCAGCUUGCUGAUUAUAUGCACGUUCGAGCCUCCGUUCCAUGCAACUUUUGGUCUAAUAAAUCUAUAUUUCUUUGCUGCUUGAUCA